GGGUCGCGGUGUUUGCAGGGAGCGCUUGGCGAAUAGCGUCGUUUCCGUUGCCGGCUGUUUGCAGUUGGGGAAACCGAGGCAGCUCCAGCUCCCCCUAGUUCUUCCGUUGCUGUGAGGAAAAAAUGUUUGUUUCUUUGUGGGAGUUCUUCUAUGGGCACUUUUUUCGAUUUUGGAUGAAAUGGCUCUUACGACAGAUGACUGGAAAAUGUGAAUUGCAGCGAAUUUUUGAUACCUAUGUAGGUGCGCAAAGGACACACAGGAUAGAAAAUUCCUUGACAUACUCCAAGAAUAAGGUUUUACAGAAAGCAACACGAGUUAUUCAGAGUGAAGUGGACAGAUGUGUAGAAGAUAUAAUGAAGGAAAAGAACAUUAAUCCUGAGAAAGAUACCAGUUUUAAAAUCUGCAUGAGGACAUGCUUACUACAGAUAACUGGUUAUAAACAACUCUAUUUGGAUGUAGAAAAUGUAAGGAAAAAGCCAUAUGAUUCUGAUAAUGUACAGCAUGAGAAACUACUCCUGAAGCUUUGGAAUCUUCUAAUGCCCACAAAGAAGUUGACGGCGAGAAUCUCCAAGCAGUGGGCUGACAUUGGUUUCCAGGGUGAUGAUCCCAAGACAGACUUCAGAGGCAUGGGCAUACUCGGAUUAAUCAAUCUUGUGUAUUUCAGUGAAAAUUACACUAGUGAAGCUCAUCAGAUUCUUUCCCGCUCAAAUCAUCCAAAAUUAGGGUAUUCUUAUGCAAUAGUUGGAAUCAAUCUCACAGAGAUGGCUUAUAGCUUGCUAAAGAAUGAAGCUUUGAAGUCUCAUCUCUACAACUGUGUUCCUGGCAUACCAACAAUGGAACACUUUCACCAGUUUUAUUGUUAUCUUGUCUAUGAAUUUGACAAGUUUUGGUUUCAAGAAGAACCAGAAAGCAUUAUGUAUUUCAACCUGUACAGAGAGAAGUUUCAUGAAAAGAUUAAAGGACUCUUAAUGGAUUGCAAUGUAGCACUUACUUUAAAAAUGUAAAUCAUCCAUAGUAUCUUCUAUUUCUACCACAUUUUGCACACACAACAGAAUUUAUAUGUUGUAAUAGAAAUUAUCUGAUCAAUUACACUCUUAUAUAUAAUUUCCUACAAAAAUACUUCAGAAAUUCUAUUUAAGAAAGCUAGUGGACAAUCAGUGUAUGUUUACAAUUGUUUAUACACUGUUCUCCAAAGGUACCUUAUGCUUCCAAAGAUCCCUUCUGUAGAGCCAUGUCAGCUACAGUUUGGAACUUGGGACUUAGCCCGUUGUGGAAAAGUAUAAAUCAGGUAUUUAUAUUAAAUUGGUUGAUUAAAAUGUGUACAAGUCAGUUUUCUUAUGUGUCAUAGCUAUCAAAUUGGUACUGUUUUCAAAGCUCUUUAAGGUUUUUUUUUUUUGCCUGCAAUAACUGUUUUUCAUUUGUUUUGUCCUCUUUUUAUUUCUUGGCUAAUUAACAGCAAGAGUAGUUCCUUAGGACUUUCUUGGCAUCUCAAUUACUUUCCCUUAUGUCACUGUAUUUAUUAGUAACAGGAGCAGAGAUGUCAGACAGGAUCAAAAAUCAUGACCUCCUUUUUUGUUUUCUCUGAUUAUUGAACAUAACAGAUAAGGAGAGGAUGAUGGUGUGACUAGCUUUUUUGUUUUUAAAUAAUGCUUAAAAAAAAUCACAGUAUUAAGGUUUAAUGGUAUAGUCUCUUUCAGUAUUUGCUUUGCUUUUUAUCCAUUGUAGAAAAGAACCUUAUUUACUUAAUGGUUUGGUCUGAGGGCCUCUCCCUAUGUGUAUUUAUGAAUAGAGGUGCGUUUGCUAAAAGUAUCCCCCCCCACUUCUUUCAUUACUGGAGAUGGAGCCCAGGGCCUCACACUUGCUAUACAAGUGUUCUACCACUGAGCUACCCCAGCCCAGGUAAAUCUUGAUUUUAUUCAACAGUUUCUAUUAAAAUAAAGCUGUCUUUGAAAUUUAAGAAGAAAACUGAAAACUUUUUAAUAAUUUUUUUAAACAUCAUUGGUUUGAACCGUAACUCUUGCUUCUCCUACUUUGAACUCUUGCUUUGACUCCAUGGUGUUUCCAGAUAUCGAUGUAUGGACCUUCUGUUAACCGUCUAUGGGACACUAAAAUAGCUUCACUGUUCGUUUUGUAUAGCUUUAAUCUUCUAAAACUCUCAGGAGGGCAGCAUGUGCUGUCAAGGAUUACAUGUGAUGAGAUCCUAAUGGAAAUUUCUUGAUGUGAUUUACAUGUUUGUACUCAGCAAAACUAAAAGAGCUUAAAGAUAGGAAAGUUCAUGUGGUAACUAAGUCCUCCUUCAAUCCUAUGGAAUCCAGCUUGUUAAAGACAUAAUUUAAUCUAAAGCAUGAUGUUAUUUUGCACAUCUUUUAAUGUGUGUAUAUGUGCAUAUAUAUAUGUGUAUACACACACACACACACACACACAUAUAUAUAUCAACUGUUUAAGUAGAGGUUUGUAUGUGAUAUAGCAAGACUUGAUACUUUUCAAGUAUUUGCUCAUGUCUAUUGACAGAUCUUAAAACGUCAAAGAGUGAGAAGAACUAUCCAAUUGGAAAGUAACACAUGCAGUGUUGUAUACCAUGUACAUUCAAGUACAUGCAUUAAAAUUAUUUUUUCUUAAUAAAACUUUAAAAUGGUUCAUUUUUUAAUAAUAGGGACAGUUUAACUUUUCAGUAUUAUAGGAAUUUCAUAAUUGAUUUCUUUAGGGGACUUCUCACCUUUUAGGCAUAUCUUCACUUAUUUUUCAGAAGUGUUUUCAUGAUCUUUCAUUCUGCUGGAGUCCCCUGAUGUGUAGCAGAAUUUCUAACAAAGAUCAGGUGUUAACAACGAAGUUCACUGUGUUAAGGUAUUAACUAUACCAUGGAAAGCAAUUCAGUUAGCCUUUAAUUUUUGUGCUGAAAACAGUUCUUUACAAUCUUUCAACAGCUGAGAUCUUGAUCUCAUUUAAACCUUUGUCAGUAUGCUUAUUAAAAGAAUGCUUGAAGUAUGGAAGGAAAAAAUUUUAAGUUUUUCCCCUUUUAGAGGGAAAAAAAAUAAUGGUGUUAAGAAAAUGUCAUUAUAAAGUUUGCUCAUAAUAGGUUCUUCAAAUCCAUCUCUGUACAUUAUAGAUGUCCUGUUUUUGCUUAAAAUAAUAAUAUUUCAGAUAUUCUAUUGUGAAUUGAUCUAAAGGCCACCAGCAGAUUUUCAGAUUUGAUGGUCUAGAAGGCAAGCUCUUCCCAGGUGUUAAGUUAGAACGUAGCAUGAACCUUCUGACUUAACGGCAUAGUGACAUAUGUGAAAAGAACAAUGUUCUUUCCUUUCUCCUUCCCCUGACUUUGAAAUGUAUGUUAGAAUGUUACGUAGUAUAAAAAUCCAUCUUUAGAAUCUCACUUUUUCUAUAAUUAGUAAAAUGCCAAAGUAGUGGUAGGAUAAUAUGGCAUUGACUAGCAGGAAAAUUGUGUUAGUUUUAGCAUCAAAAAGUGAAAUCAGUGUGGAAAUGAAUUUUUGUAUGUGCCAGGUUGAGGAGAUCAUCUCAGUGACGGGAAUAGUGUAAAAAUACGGUUUAAUCAUUUGCAGUUUAAAUAUAUUCUGAAAGACAAUCUAAAGAAAUGGGAGCAAGCAGGAGGUAUCAGUGAACCUACACCAACCUCUGGCUAUAUAACUAGAGAGAAAACCCAGAACUUAAACUGGCCAUUACGUGAAACCAUUGAAAGUUUAGAAAACACAUUUUUUUCUUACAAAUGUCCAUCUUGAUUUUUUUCUAAGGACUUCUUUAAGUUUGUAUGUUUACACUUGUAUAUGUACAUAUUAUUCUUAUUCCAGUGUUCAUACAAUUGUUCAAGCACCAUUUCUCCCCUUUGAGAACAUUCAGUUAAAUAGAAUUUGAUCCAAGAGCUGCUGGAAGGAAAAGUAUUAUAUGAGCGUGCAAAGGAUGCCUGUUCUGGAAUAGAAAAGGUCACACGGUUUCGUAGCUUACAGGGCAAUAACGUUUGUCAUCCUUCUUGAAACGGUGACUGGGAACCAGCAGCUGAUUUUCUCAGGAUGUGUUCCAGCUGCUUCUCUAUGAACAAGUCUGGGGAGGCUGAACUUCCAUUUUCAUACUUGUGAACCUGUUCACACAAGCAGUUUGUAAAUGAAGAUUGAGGGAAUUGUUAAUAUGAGAGAAACCAUGACUUGAGUUUGUGUUUUUUCUGUCUUCACCUUUUGAUGAGAGAAGUUUAAAGUGUAGUGCAGGUAGGACUCAACUACCACAAUGCUAUUAAAGAGAAUUCUGUGUUUUUGUUGAAGUAUUAAAAAAUACUUUAAGCAGUAGUGUUCCCUGCAGGAAGAAUUGUCAGUUGGCAACUUAAGUUAAUUUUUUGUCUACUUUGGAUAAAGCAUUUGACUUCUUAAGCAAAAGCAAUAGUGUGAAACGUGAUGUCAUUUUGUUUGUGAUGUAAGUGAGCAAAUAAAAACCUG